CCCCUCGUUAGUCUUUAGUUCAGUCUUUGUAGAGUUGUACGUUCAGUUUGCUUGAUCCUGCUGUUAAGUCUCUUGCUUUUGGGUCCACCCUCUUCAGCUCAGGGGCAUUUUGUCCCCAGGUCCUUAUCCAUAGGUAAUGGUGGAACAACUGUGAAACUCUGCAGUGCAAAAGAAAACGUAAAAGGAGGAGGCAAAGUUGGCACAGAGGGAGAGCGGUAGAAAAGAGAAAAGAGUUAAAACAAGAGUGAACAGACGGACAUUCACUGGAUGGAGAAUGCGCCGUUGUUAAAGUGUCGAAUUCUUACCACCAGCACUUAUUUUCUUCUUCGAAAUAAAUGCUCCCUGAACACCCAGCAGGCUUCUGAUCGCCCCGCUGUCCUGGCAGCCGUACACCAGAGAGUGUGGAGCCUCACUCUGGGCAUAAACAAUCCGAAACACGACAAGCUCGACUUCUGAGAUUUCUUGCUUUGGCCCGUGGAGAAAGAACCGUUCGCUGGGACGACAUCUGUUUCCCCGCUCGAGUGGACACACGGAAAUCAGACCCGACUGGACCGCGACACGUGCAGUGUAGACCGCCAACAAGACUACAGUUUUACUCAUCUUUGGGAAAAAUAUAGCUGAAGAUUCAUCAAUUUUAAAGGACCCUUGCUGAUACGUCUAAAGAACUUCAUAAUCAUCACAUAAUCGAAUUCAGAACCAUCCAGGAGGCUCAGCUGAAGCCCGACCCAGCCCGUCCUCCAGCGGGCAGGACGUCUCCGCCUUCCUCACUCUGGAGUUGAUCUACUAAAGUAGAGGUGCUCAUCACUCGGUUUGCUGGUGGUCAGUCCAGGUGUUACCAAAUGCUGUCAUACCCAGGUGAUUGUGCUCACACAGGUUUUCAGCGUUGACGACUGGCAGACGAUCUGAGGACAUAAAAUUUGAGGCCUUCUGCCUUUCUCUGCGAGGGAGUGCUUUCCUCAUCUGUGUUGCUGAGACGUCCGGUUGUCAGGGGCCAUGAGUAGCUGCUGGGGUGACAGCCUCCAAAACCCUUUGACGUGGAACACCUAAAAUGGGGACAGGACAUGCUGCCAUGCUGCAAGCUCAGCUCUAAUCACCGUGAAGACGCCCCACCGUUCACCUUUCUCUCGACUUAGAUUUGGCCUGCUUGCCCCUGACCUUCACCCUUCCUGAUUUGAAACCGCUGCCUGCUGCCUUCCUCCCUUCAAAUCCUUUCUUUUCCUCCGUUUUCAACUGAGGCGACCACAAAAAACUCCUAAUCCACACCAUGGCCAGCAGACUCCGUUUGUCCUCCCUGUUUCUCUCCCUCCUGCUCCCUGCUCUGUUGCUCCUCCACCUGCCUGGCACGGUGAAAGGGGACUGCUGGCUGAUAGAGGGGGAUAAAGGAUACGUUUGGCUGGCUAUCUGCAGUCAGAACCAGCCUCCAUACGAGACCAUCCCCCAGCACAUCAACAGCACGGUUCACGACCUGAGGCUGAAUGAGAACAAACUUAAGGCUGUGCUCUUUACCUCCAUGUUCCGUUUCACAAACCUUACUGACCUCAAUCUCACAAAGAACGAGAUCAGCUACAUCGAGGAUGGGGCCUUUGCUGGACAGGCCAACCUACAGGUUCUCCAGUUGGGCUACAACAAGCUGACCAAUCUGACUGAGGGCAUGUUGAGAGGUCUGGGUCGAAUGCAGUGCCUCUUCUUGCAACACAACCUCAUUGAGGUCAUUGCCACCAAUGCCUUCUGGGAGUGCCCCAGCCUCAGCAGCCUGGACUUAUCUUCUAACAAGUUGGCCCGUCUUGACCCGUCCACCUUCACUGUCCUCAACAGACUGAUGGUGUGUGAACUGGCAGGGAACCCAUUCCACUGUGGCUGUGAUCUCUACAGCUUCCUCACCUGGCUGGAGGCAUUUAACAAUGUCACCCACACCUAUGACCGUCUCCAAUGCGAAACUCCUCCUGAAAUGACUGGUUACCCACUUCUGAGCCCAGUGCCUGGACAUGGAAGAAAUGCCCGUUACACUCUUUUAUCCAUGUGUCGUGAUGGUGUGAUAAUUCCAGGGAUGACAUCCCAGACUCCUGAUCAAGAUGGCUCAGGGAUGGGUUUGGAUAAUCCAGACCAGGGUCUUUACCACCAGCCAACCAUAACAUCCACUGCUGAACCCAUUUAUAGCCAUCAGAUUUCAAUGAAGCUUCAAACUGUCACCCUCAAUACUGCCUCUCUUGCUGUGCAGAUCCCACGACCCUUCAGUAAGAUGUACAUCCUCUCCCAGUUCAACCAAACGUUUGUUGCAGACAUCAUGCCCCUUAAAAACAAGAAGGAGCUAAUCACUUUGGAUAAGCUUAAACCACAUACGAACUACACCUUUUGUGUGGCUUCUGUGAGCAAAUCUCAGCGCUACAACCACACCUGUCUGACCUUUACCACACGUGCCACUGGGCCAGAGGACACACGAACCAAUCCAUCCACAACUACCCACUACAUCAUGACCAUUUUAGGAUGUCUGUUUGGCAUGGUCAUUGUGCUUGGAUUUGUCUAUUACUGUCUCAGACGGCGAAGAAUCCAGGAAGAGAAGCAGAAAGCUAUAAGUGUGAAGAAAACCAUUUUGGAGAUGAGGUAUGGCCCAGAAGCAGCUGCAGCAGUGGCCAACGACCCCAGUGCCAUGCAGCGUCUCCAGGAGCAGGCUCACCAUCAGCACCACCAUUCAGGAGGAGCAGGAGGCAAGCUUCCCCAAUCUGCCUCCUCCAGCACAGGCAUGCUCCACGGCUCAGCCAACACUAGUUCUUCGCGCCUCUCCACCUUGCCACAGGUGGAAAAAAUGGCCACUGCCUUCUCUGAGGCAAUGGGUGGAAAGGGCAACUACAUGGAUGUGAGGACUGCAGGAAUGGCAAUGGAAGGCAGGGAGGGAGGAGUGACAACUGGAGGAGCAGGGGUAGGAGGGGAAGUAGUUGUGGAUAUGCGAGGUGGGGCUGAGAAUGGGACAGAGGCUGGGGAGGACUCGGAUGAUGACGGCCGUGGCUCAGCAUCAGAGAUCUCCACAAUCGCAAAAGAGGUGGACAAGGUGAACCAGAUCAUCAACAACUGCAUUGAUGCCCUGAAACUGGAUGCUUCUGCUAAUGUUGUGACCACGGCUGACAAUGCCAACUCUGUGUCCUCCUCCCAGCCCCCACCUUGCAUUGCGUCCCUCCCUCGAAACCUCCUGCCCCUCUCUCCAGGCCACCCUGGAGAUCAGAUCAUGGCCUCCUCCCCAAAGGUGCAUCCAAAGUCUCACCCCCAGCCUCAUCCUCAUACUCAACCACAUCCUCAGCCACAUCCUCAGCCUCAUCCUCAGCUACAUCAGCAGCCUCAUCCACCUUCUAUGGCCCCAGUUCCUCUUGUUAUGCCCCUCUCUGAGCGGCCGGGCAUCAGUGGUGGGGGGUUCCUCUCUCCUCCUUACCGUGACCCACCACCAGCCAAUGCAGUGCGGCCCCUUCAAAGGCAGUUAAGCGCUGACACAGCUGCGAAGAACCGUUCUGGUGCCCCUCCGAUGGGAUCUGUCAAAAGCACUAGGGUGUACAGUGUGGAUAUCCCUGAGCAACGCAGCGAUCCUCCCAAGUACCCAACAGAAAAGAGCAGCCCUGUUGGUUGCAGUGGAGGGAGUGGAAGUGGAGGAGGUGGUGGAGUAGCAGGCUGCAAUGGGAAUGGGAUGGGAAACAUAAAUGGUGGUGGGAUGAGCUUGAAUGGGGGUGGUAUGGGGUGUAAUAAUGGGAGUGGAGGUGGAGUGGUUGGCCCUGGACAGCAGCAGCACCACUUGGAGGUUCAGCCAGACUACCACAGCUCUGAGCACCGCCACUCCUUUCCUGCACUCUACUAUGAGGGUGUCAAUGACUCACCAUCACCUGCCCAAAAGGCCUCAUUCCUUAAACCCCUGGGCCGCACCAAGAGGGAUGCCACAGCCACCUACUCCCAGCUCUCACCUUCUCGUCACCACAACUACAACUCUGGCUACUCCUCCAGUCCAGAGUAUUCAUCUGAGAGCACACUACGGAUCUGGGAGCGAUUCCGGCCUUACAAGAAAAGCCCCAGAGAGGAAGCAUCCUAUAUAGCAGCAGGUCAUGCCCUGCGUAAGAAGGUGCAGUUUGCCAAGGAUGAGGACCUUCAUGAUAUUUUGGAUUACUGGAAGGGGGUUUCUGCCCAGCAGAAGCUGUGAGCAGAGAGAGCAAAGUCAAAAUGCUGUAAGGGAGAUUGUGAAGUUGGAUGCCAACAGCAGACUAAUAAGGGGGAUAGAUGUUAAUGUAGCAAGACAAAUAAUGUUUCCUCUGAGGUGUCCAGUGACAUGGGUCUUUCCCCUGCUGAAUUCAGAUUUAAAGAGGUAUUCGCUCCAGGUAAUUUUUUGGACUUGUUUCAUUCAUUCAUUGAUAAUUUUAAGAGGUUGUUGCUGGGGUUGGAGAUAAUUAACAAGAAUCAAGCUGUUCACCAGACUACCUCACACUGGGCACUUUGGUCCUUGCAGGCUUCCAUACACCCACUGAAUCCCCACUAAUGAGCAAAGCAAAGGUGGUGACGAGCAAGUGUCUUCUACCUCAUUACUGGCAGACUGUAGCUCAGCUAUCUCACCAGAAGCAGCCCCAUUCACGACUUAAACCCUGUCUCUCUUCUUUCUAAUCCCAUCAAACCACCAUUCACGAAACAAUCAUUCCACAGCGCCACAGACACCUGCUCUCCUAUAGAAGCAUCAUUUAGGAAGAUAAUGAGGGAGCAGGAUGAAGAAUUUGGUGUGCUUGUUUUAGAAUAGCCUGAGUCUCUCUCUUUGGGGGAGGACAUUAAGUGAUACUUAUCGAGCUAAUUGUUCUUCCUGGCAAUUAGCCAGUGUAAGAAUAGGUCACGGAGGCUGUGUGGUGAGCAUGCGUAUCGAUUCGAAACACCUAACUACAUAUGUUCAGUUGUGUGUGGGCAUG